AUGUUGGCGGUUGAGAAACACUGGAUUAAUGUACAGCAGAAGACCUUCACAAAAUGGCUCAACGACAAGUUGAAGGUCCGAAGAAUCUUUAUCGAUGAUUUAGUCGUCGACCUCUCCGAUGGCGUCAUCCUUAUCCAUCUACUCGAAAUUCUCGGCGGAGAAUCGCUCGGCCGCUACGCUUCGAAGCCAAAGCUCCGUGUGCAGAAAUUCGAAAAUGUCAACAAGAGUCUUGACUUCAUCAAAGGACGGAGGAUUCAGAUGACCAAUAUCGGCGCCGAAGAUGUCGUGGACGGCAAUAGAAAGAUUGUGCUGGGUCUGAUCUGGACUUUGAUUCUUCGAUUCACUAUCAGUGACAUCAAUGCGGAGGGUAUGACCGCAAAGGCGGGUCUCCUUCUGUGGUGUCAGCGCAAGACAGCUUGCUACGAAGGUGUGCAAGUCCGUGAUUUCUCUACCAGCUGGAACGAUGGGUUGGCCUUCUGUGCGCUUUUGGACAUCCACCGCCCGGAUCUGAUCGACUUCGAUGCCCUGGAUAAGAAGGACCACCGCGGAAACAUGAAGCUCGCCUUCGACAUUGCUUCCAACGAAAUCGGGAUCCCUGAUCUGCUUGAUGUUGACGACGUUUGCGAUGUUGCGAAACCGGACGAAAAGUCGCUCAUGACGUAUAUCGCCUACUGGUUCCACGCCUUCUCGCAAUUGGAACGGGUUGAGAAUGCCGGACGUCGGGUCGAGAAGUUCAUCAACAACAUGCAUGGUGCCUGGGAGAUGCAGAACUCCUACGAGCGGAGGAUGAAGGAGCUGCUGCGGUUGAUUGCCGCGCAACGCGAAGCGUGGAAGACAGCGUCCUUCGAGGGUACCUACAAGGAUGCGAAAGAGCAGGCUCACCAAUUCUCGCUGUACAAGAGAAACCAGAAGCGCCAAUGGGUGGCCGAAAAGUCGGAUCUUGCGGCUCUUUUGGGAAACAUCAAGACUAAACUCAGCACUUAUCGUCUCAAACCAUACGAACCUCCAGCUGAGCUUAGUCUGGAGGUUUGCGAUGAGCAAUGGGAGGGUUUGACCCGCGACGAGCACGAGCGUAGUCAACUCAUCAACGAAACGAUCCGAGAUAUCAAGAAUGCGCUCCGUCGUUCGUUCGCGGACAAGGCAAACGACUUCGCAUUGACACUUAAGACGCUGUCCUUGGCUAUAUCUGGUCUUGAUGGCGAUGUAGAAGACCAACUAGCCCAUGUCAAAAGACUCAAUGAUAACCUUCCUCCCCUCGACGCAUUCCUAGAUACCAUCGCGGCUUUGGACGAACAGUGUGCGGAAGCUAACAUCGAAGAAAACGAUUGGACGACAUACACCCUAGAUGAACUUUCCUACGAGUUGAGUUUGGUCAAAUCGAGCAUCUCUAAGAAGCUGGCUUUCCUCGACAACCAACUCGUCGCCCGCAACAUGACCAACUUGACCCCCAUCCAGUUGGAGGAGUUCGAGUCGGUCUUUAGACAUUUCGAUCGCGACUCAUCAAAUACACUUCUUGAGCUCGAAUUCUCCGCUGCACUUGCAAGUCUGGGACUUGUGUACGACGAGGAGGAGAUGCAUCAGGUUUACCUUGAGACAUGUGGGCCAGCUCGGCUAGCUCAAAAUGCCGGUGUCAGCUUCGAGCAAUUCAUCCAUUUUAUGGUCAGCGUGGUGGAAGAUCAGAAUUCCGCCGAGCAGGUCUUGCAGAGUUUCCGAGAAGUCGCGGAUGGCAAGCCAUACGUGACCGAAAUUGAUUUGCGACACUCCCUUAUCCCCGACGAGGUCAUCGAUCACCUUGUACAGACAAUGCCACCACACCAAGGCCCCGACUUGCAGGAGGAUCGCGAUCUCCCCAAAUAUGACUACAUCAGCUUCAUGGGCAAGAUGAUGGAGUACAAUGAGACCCAAUUGAACACACCUGCCAAUGCCCGCCCGUCCCGUGCCUCUCGACGCCCGCGCGGUGACCGUUACUCUCCCGAGCACGAACACGCAUCUACCGGAGCCAAGCUUCGUGUCGAGAAUAUCCACUACGAUAUCAACGAGACUGACCUGGAGGAUCUUUUCACCCGCAUCGGACCUAUCAGCAAUGUUUCCCUCGUCUACGACCGGGCCGGCCGCUCCGAGGGCGUUGCCUUUGUAACCUACAACCGUGUCAGCGACGCGCGCACAGCCAUUAGCGAAUUUGACGGUGCCAACGCUAAGGGUCAGCCCAUCCGGUUGACACUCAUUGGUAGUGGUGGCAGCAGCGGAAGACGAGACCGCAACCCUUUUGACAACGUAGAACGUCCCAAGGGUAGCCUGUUCGACCGUGUGGAGCGCCCCCGCGAUCGUAACGCUCGCAGUCUGAGCCCUGGCAGCAGAAGCGGUAGCCCCGACGGCAACUCCCGGCGUCGUCGCGGUCGUCGUGGCGCCGGUGGUGGCGGUGGUGGUGGUUACCGCCGCAGCGACGUCACCAAGCCGCCUCCCGAGCACAUCGACAGAUACGUUCCUGGCCAAAGAUCUCCCGCCCGCAGACCUGCCAAUGGUGGCAGUGGUGGUGGUAGACGUCAGCAGGGCGAUCGCGAUACCCGCGGUGGGGAGGGCCGUCGCACGGUCAACGGUCGACCCCGCAAGACCCAGGAGGAACUUGACGCCGAGAUGGACGACUACUGGGGUGGUUCGGCGAACGCCGGUGCUGGCGCGGCCGACAACCAGACGGUUCCGGAUGAGCCGCAGCCGAUUGCUCCUGCGUCUGCGGCAGCAGCUGGAGACGAUGACAUUGACAUGAUCGAGUAA